GAAGAGAGGAAAGGAAGGUGUUGAAUCAUCGGCAAGAAAGAGAAGCUUCCAUAGUAGAGUCUACCAGUGAUCGACCGUCUUGACAAUUGACAGCAUCGACUACGGUCUGCAUACUACACUACACCUGUGCUCGAACGAGUCCAAACGAAACGAAACGAAACGGAACGAGUGAAGAAGAGAGUAGCAGAAGAGCAGCGGGCUGAUUGGGAGGGGAAGGAGAGCAACCCCCUUUUCUUCUCCUUCCACGAGGAAUUACCAAAAGGCAAAAUGGUGGCGCGGUACAACGCAGACGUGUGAUGUGCAGGCAGAUAUCAGCUCGCAUCGCUUUCGUAUCAGGGAGGUGCGAGAUACGCGAGCGUAACCUGCGUGACCUGCGUGACCUGCGUGAGCACGCAGUAUGGGCGACCCGAAGAGUCAGCACGGCGCGCAAGAGAUGAAAGGGUGGCUUUUCAAAUGGACCAACUACCUGAAAGGUUACCAACGGAGAUGGUUCGUCCUGUCAAACGGCCUCCUGUCGUAUUACAGGGCUGAACCAACAGGGGGGCCAAAGAUAUCAUCGCGACGCAAGCGGAGAGCUGGCAGAGCCUCCGAAAAUCCCGCGGAGAUGUCUCACACUUGCCGCGGGACGAUUUCCUUACACGGGGCCUUAAUACACACGGUGGACGCCUGCACCUUCGUCGUGAGCAACGGCGGCACGCAGACCUUCCACAUCAAGGCGUCAACCGAGGUAGAGCGGCAGCAAUGGGUCACGGCUCUCGAGCUAGCAAAAGCCAAGGCUAUCCAAGCGAUGGAAUCUGAAGAAGAGGAGGAGGAAUAUCAAGAUAACGACAAUCAAAACGUAGAAACUGCGUCUGUGAUUAAGGAUCUAACGCGACGAUUGGAUGAUCUACAAGCGUGCAAUGAUUUGAUGCUUAAGCAGGGAUCUGGACUCCAACGAGCUUUAUCCGAUUUGGAAAUGAUAGAGCCUCCGUCCCCCGAAUUAGCAGCGAAAUUCAAGAUCGUCAGCGAACGAACCACACUUUUCCGAAUUGCGGCGAAUGCUAUGAUUAGUACGAGCAGCGAUUACUUGCAACUAGCCCAACAACAAGAGCCUAAGUGGAAAAAGAUGCUGCAGCACGAGCGUGAUCAGAAAGUACGGAUAGAGAAAAUGGUCGAGCAGUUAGCUAGGCAACAUUCCCACCUGGAGGAAGCCGCGCAACAUGCGAUUCCUUCAGCGACGCCUGCGGGAGGACACAGACCUUCACAUCCCGCAAUUACAACGUCACCGUCGGAGGAUGAAGAGGAUAACGCUGAAUUUUACGACGCCCAAGAAUCAGACACUUUCACACUAACUGUACCCAUCGCCACGAGCAAUUCCAUUUCUCAUGCGAGAGAUCGCACCGAUUCCCAAGGUAGCGACGAUGGCUCUAGUUCAGAGGGAGAUCCAACGCCCUUGCCUGUCUCUGAUUCCACUGGAACCGAUUCCUUCCUUAUUGUGACCGAUUCCACUGCUGCGCAGACUCUCUCGGCUGUUAGAAUCACCAACGAUCUGGAUAUUGCAAGCUGGCGAUCCAAUAAUGACAGCAGCAGCACCGGGAUGACCACCAUUUCAAAACGGAAACGAAGGACCAGGGUACCUGACAAACCAAACUAUCCUUUGAACCUAUGGAGUAUAAUGAAAAACUGCAUUGGCAAAGAUUUGUCCAACAUUCACAGUAUGCUUCAACGAUUAACAGAAGACUAUGAAUACGCGGAUAUUCUUGAUAGGGCUGCAGAAUGUACAGAUAGUUAUGAACAGAUGGCUUUUGUAGCCGCGUUCACUGUGUCUAGUUACGCUACAACCGCCGCUAGAACGGGAAAGCCUUUUAAUCCUCUUUUGGGUGAAACUUACGAAUGCGAUCGUACGGAUGAUCUUGGAUGGCGCGCGAUUUCAGAGCAAGUGUCUCAUCAUCCGCCUAUGCUAGCUCAACAUUGCGAAGGAAAGAAAUGGCGAUGUUGGCAAGAGUUUACAAUGGCUUCUAAAUUUCGUGGAAAAUAUUUGCAGGUGAUUCCUUUGGGUACUGCUCAUUUAGAAUUUAAUAUUGGCCAGCAUCAUUACACAUGGCGAAAAGUCACUACUACGGUACAUAAUAUUAUAGUCGGAAGAUUGUGGGUCGAUCAGAGUGGCGAUAUGGAUAUUGUAAAUCAUAAGGAAGGUAUCAAGUGCCAUUUAAAGUACAUACCGUACUCGUACUUCUCGCGAGACAGUCAGCGCAAGGUGAAGGGCAUAGUCAUGAAUUCCAACAAGGAAGUCAAGUGGGUAGUGCAAGGUACAUGGGAUUCAAAGAUCGAAAUAGCACCGGUAAUCAGCACGUCUGGCACACCCGAUAAUCCAGUUUAUAAAACAGGCCCUUAUAUAUUAGCUUGGAAACGACGUAUGCCUACCGAAGACUCUGAGAAAUAUUAUUCAUUCACGGAACUAGCGUGUCAAUUGAACGAACCAGAAGAAGGUAUAGCUCCAACAGAUUCUCGAUUGAGGCCUGAUCAGCGGUUAAUGGAGGAUGGACGGUGGGACGAAGCCAAUGCAGAAAAAUUGCGUUUAGAAGAAAAACAAAGAGCUACUAGACGAGCUCGCGAGCAUGAUUGCGAAAAGGCUACAGCACAAGGAUUAUCUUAUGAGACAUAUGAACCUUUAUGGUUUAGAAAGAAGCAGGAUCCAUACACGGAUAGCCGUUGUUUUGUUUAUAACGGCGAAUAUUGGGAUCAUAAAAGCAGAGGUGACUGGUCACGAUGUCCAAACAUAUUUUAGUUCGUUGUAUAGAUAGAUUCGAUUGCAAUAACUGUGUCACAUACAGUGCGUGAAGAAGUUUUGGAUCGUUUAAAAGUGACGAUAGCCGAGAUUAAAAGUCGUGAUUGCUCGUGGUCGAGAUUUAAAUGCUUAUGAAAUAACGUUGACGUGAUAAUGGGAUUGUUACGGGAUGUGGUUUAGCAAUUAAUUCUUCCAAUGAAGUGGACGAAACUUGUUGGCAACUCUGACAUAUGCAAUUUGUACUUGCAUGUCAUCGCCUUCGCUAUUCUUUUCUACCUCUCUCCCUUUCUUUCUCCCCUUUUUCUUCCCUGUCUUUCCUUUUGUCUCUUUUUUCGAAGCUAAUAUCUAAUCCCCUCAACAUGAUAUUUUAUUAAUGCGCACUUGCUAUUUUUUUUUAAGAUUUUGUGCUGAAUUAAUGAGUAGCCAAUCUUGAAUUUUUGCGUUUAUUACAUUAGCUAUACGUAGGAAUUCGUAAAAAUAUCGAAGCUCUAGUAAAUCGAGAAUGAAUUCCGAAUAUGUCAUUACUUUAGCCAUCAAGAUUGUAAUAAGACUGUGAGAGGAUAAAAAAAUUUUUGUCAUUGAAGAGGAAGGAUUUCAAAUCAAGUUUUAUUUUAUAAUAUAUUCAGUAUUCUCAAUUUAUGUUUAGGUAAAUAUGAAUCUAAUUUUCUAGAAAGAAUUUGAACUAAACUUUUACCGAAAAAUCGCGAUCGAUGUGCUAUUAUGUGUGUAUAUGCAAAAUUCCUGUGUGUAUUUCAUUAUUUUUAAUCUAUCGUAAUCCAUCGUUGAAAGUAUUUGUAUAAAUACAGAGAAAGAUGUGCAACGAAAAUUAGAAUCGAGUCAAUACACUCGAUUUGAAUUAAUAUAAAACAAGAUACGAUGA